CCGGCGCGGGCGCAGGGGCGUCACGCACUCCAUGGUAACGACGCUCGGCCCGAAGAUGGCGGCCGAGUGGGGCGGAGGAGCCGGUUACUGGGGUACAGGCCCCGGCCGGAGCCGGUGGCGCUGGAGCGGUUCUUUGUGGGUCCGAAGCGUUUUACUCCUGUUGGGCGGGCUGCGGGCAAGCGCCACAUCUACUCCCGUCUCCUUGGGCAGUUCCCCUCCCUGCCGGCACCACGUCCCCUCUGACACUGAGGUCAUAAAUAAAGUUCAUCUUAAGGCAAAUCAUGUAGUAAAGAGAGAUGUUGAUGAGCAUUUAAGAAUCAAGACUGUUUAUGAUAAAAGUGUCGAAGAGUUGCUCCCUGAGAAAAAAAAUCUCGUAAAGAACAAGCUUUUCCCACAAGCUAUUUCUUAUUUAGAGAAGACUUUUCAGGUCCGUAGACCUGCUGGCACUAUCUUACUUAGCAGGCAAUGUGCAACAAACCAGUACCUCCGGAAGGAAAACGAUCCUCAUAGAUACUGCACUGGGGAGUGUGCAGUGCACACAAAAUGCGGCCCAGUUAUUGUUCCAGAGGAACAUCUCCAGCAAUGCAGGGUCUACCGUGGGGGUAAGUGGCCCCAUGGAGCAGUGGGUGCGCCAGACCAAGAAGGCAUCCCGGAUGCAGACUUUGUACUUUACGUUGGUGCUCUGGCCACUGAGAGGUGCAGCCAUGAAAACAUCAUCUCUUAUGCAGCCUACUGUCAGCAGGAAGCAAACAUGGACAGGCCAAUAGCAGGAUAUGCUAACCUGUGUCCAAAUAUGAUCUCUACUCAGCCUCAGGAGUUUAUUGGGAUGUUGUCCACAGUGAAACAUGAGAUUAUUCAUGCCCUGGGUUUCUCUGCUGGACUGUUUGCAUUCUACCAUGAUAAAGAUGGAAAUCCUCUCACUUCAAGAUUUGCAGAUGGCCUCCCACCUUUUAAUUAUAGUCUUGGAUUAUAUCAAUGGAGUGAUAAAGUAGUUCGAAAAGUGGAGAGAUUAUGGGAUGUUCGAGAUAAUAAGAUAAUUCCUCACACUGUGUAUCUCCUGGUAACGCCUCGUGUUGUUGAGGAAGCACGAAAACAUUUUAAUUGUCCUGUUCUGGAGGGAAUGGAGCUUGAAAAUCAGGGUGGUAUGGGCACUGAGCUCAACCAUUGGGAAAAAAGGUUAUUAGAGAAUGAAGCAAUGACUGGUUCUCACACUCAGAACCGAGUGCUCUCUCGAAUCACUCUGGCAUUAAUGGAGGACACUGGCUGGUAUAAAGCAAAUUACAGCAUGGCUGAGAAGUUAGACUGGGGCCGAGGAAUGGGCUGUGACUUUGUCAGGAAGAGCUGCAAAUUCUGGAUUGAUCAGCAGAGACACAAGAGGCAGAUGCUGAGCCCUUACUGUGACACGCUCAGAAGUAAUCCGCUGCAGUUAACUUGCAGGCAGGACCAGAGAGCAGUUGCAGUGUGUAAUUUGCAGAAGUUUCCUAAACCUUUACCACAGGAAUACCAGUACUUUGAUGAACUCACUGGAAUACCUGCAGAAGACUUGCCUUAUUAUGGUGGAUCAGUGGAAAUUGCUGACUAUUGCCCUUUCAGUCAGGAAUUCAGUUGGCAUUUAAGUGGUGAAUAUCAGCGCAACUCAGAUUGUAGAAUAUUGGAAAAUCAACCAGAAAUUUUUAAGAACUAUGGUGCUGAAAAGUAUGGACCUCAUUCAGUUUGUCUAAUUCAGAAAUCAGCAUUUGUUAUGGAAAAGUGUGAGAGGAAGCUGAGUUACCCUGACUGGGGCAGUGGAUGUUAUCAGGUUUCUUGUUCUUCUCAAGGUCUGAAGGUUUGGGUCCAAGAUACUUCAUAUCUGUGUAGUCGGGCUGGGCAAGUCCUCCCAGUCAGUAUUCAGAUGAAUGGCUGGAUUCACGAUGGAAACCUGCUCUGCCCAUCGUGUUGGGACUUCUGUGAGGUCUGUCCUCCUGAAACAGAUCCUCCAGCUGCUAACCUGACCCGAGCUCUGCCACUGGAUCUUUGCUCCUGUUCCUCAAGCCUGGUUGCCACCCUCUGGCUUCUGCUAGGCAAUCUCUUUCCUCUGCUGGCUGGAUUUCUUCUGUGUGUAUGGCACUAGGAAUGGAAAGUGGAUUUUCAAGAUAUUCUUUUAUGUUAUGUUCCUGUGAACAAAGCACAAAAUCUGAGCAAGUGCCAACCUAUGCAGAUGGCAGAAGUGGCAUUCCUGACUUUGGCUUGAAAGAGUUGACUAUAAUCAGACCUUGAAGCAAAACUUCACAGCAGUCUCGCCUCACCUGCAACCCAACCACCUCAUCUUGAAGAAGCAGAAGGAAUUGCAAGGCACCAAGUCUCUUUAUGUUUCAGGAUUUGUAGUCUCCUAAUGUUUUCUUUUGAAAAUAGGAUAAAGGGUGGAAUUUUCAGAGUGAUUACAUACCUCAACAUUUUUAUCAACAUAAAACAAUGGGAAAGUUCGUCAUCCAUACUGCAGUAAUUGAAACGACAGCCAAUUAUUGCAAGAAGAAUUGGAGAUCUUGUCCUCAAAAGUGUAAAUUGUCCUUUGAUUUAUAGGAAAUAAUUGAAUUGAGAUUUCUACACCUAUUUUAAAUUUAAUGGCAGCUGGGCAUGGUGGUGCCUGUAGUUCCAGCUACUUGGGAGGCUGAGGCAGGAGGAUCACUUGAUCCCAGGAGUUCAUGGCUGCAGAGAGCUAUGAUCACACUACUGUAUUCUAGCCUGAGCAAUAGACUGAGACCCUGUAUCUUAAAAAAAAAAAAAAAAAAUUAAUGGCUGCAUAUAGUAAACUUAAGUCACUGUUCCCAUUGUUUGGUUCUAUAUGUUUGGUUAAAUCUUAUGAUUUAAUUGUGCUUGCCCUUUUUGCCAGCUGUGUGGAAGUUUACGGCAGAACUGUGGUCAGUGUGCUGGUAGCCUUGUAUUCAUCCCUCUUCAGGGCUCAGCUUCCAGUUGUAUUCUCCAUUAGGUUAACAAUGACAUGAAAAAAUGUAGAAGCAGAGAGAAUAAAAUACUCUGUCCUGUAAAAACACUGAAGACAUGCAAACAGGAGAAAACAUAAUUGUAUUUUUUUAGAUAAUGCUUAUGACAACUGAUCAGUCAGAAAGAACUAUUCCUUUGUGACUGAUGAAGAUAAAAAGAAAUUCUGGGCCGGGCGCGGUGGCUCACGCCUGUAAUCUCAGCACUUUUGGAGGCCGAGCGGGUGGAUCACGAGGUCAAGAGAUUGAGACCGUCCUGGUCAACAUGGUGAAACCCCGUUUCUACUAAAAAUACAAAAAAUUAGCUGGGCAUGGUGGUGCGCGCCUGUAAUCCCAGCUACUCGGGAGGCUGAGGCAGGAGAAUUGCCUGGACCCAGGAGGUGGAGGUUGCAGUGAGCCGAGAUCGCGCCAUUGCACUCCAGCCAGGGUAACAAGUGAAACUCCGUCUCAAAAAGAAAAAGAAAUUCUGGGAUACACAGGUAUGCAGUUUUUAAAAGUUGGUUAAGAAAUUGUUGCAGAAGAAUUUCUAACAUCUGAAAAUGAUUUUAUGUAUAAGAAGGAAAAUAUAAGUUAAAACAAGAUGAUCUGAAUUGUGUACUAAUAGCCACCUACAAGUUUGGCCUAACCAAUAGUGUCCAUUGUACCACUUAACACAAGACUCAGUCCACAGAAGCUGGAAGAUUGCUUUUGCUUUAAAUAUCCUUUACCGGCCAGGUGCAUUGGCUCACACCUGUAAUCCCAGCACUUUGGGAGGCCGAGGCGGGUGGAUCUCCUGAGGUCAGGAGUUCAAGACCAGCGUGGCCAACAUGAUGAAACCCCAUCAUUACUAAAGAUACAGAAAUUACCUGGGCAUGCCUGGGUGUGGUGGUGGGUUCCUAUAAUCCAGCUACUCAGAAGACUGAGGCAGGAGAAUUGCUUGAACCUGGUAGGCGAAGGUUGCAGUGAGCCGAGAUCGCACCACUGUACUUCAGCGUGGGUGACAAGAAACUUCAUCCCCUCCACCCCCAAAAUAAGUAUCCGCUACCUCCUGCAUUUGACACCCCUCCUAUUAAUACAUAGAUUCCGGUCCCCAGAAGCAAUUUUACUCUGGUACUAGAGCUUACCAAUACCAUUUAGUAAUUGUAUUUGAAAUUCAUUAAUGUCCAGAUGAGGUUUAAUAUGAAUGUGAAAAGAUAAAAGAAAAAAAAUUCAUUAAUGAUAGGUGAUGCCCAUUCUUUCUCUCUCAGGCUAACGGAGUCCUACGUCACUAUAAAAACAACCCUCGGACAGACUUCCCCUCUGUUCCUCCUCUCCUCCCUCCUUCCCUCCUUUUCUUCCAUUCAGCAUAUAGCUAUUGAAUACUCCAUUGAAGAAAUUAUGGUAAGUGAGCAAAGCAGCAUAAUUACUAAGGAUUAAUUCUGAUUAUUUGGCACUAGAGCCAACAGCAACCCCAGCAUAGAGGAAAGUCACUUUUUUUCAAAUGCAUAAAUUUAAAGUAAGUAUUUGCAUGCAGUUUUAAAUCAGAGGUAUUUGUCAUUGUGAAAAGCUGGGAGUCUCAAACAUAGUUAACUUAGCUAAAGAGAAGCUAACACAGGUUGAGCAUUCCUAAUCCAAAACUCUGAAAUCCAAAUUCCUCCAAAAUCUGAAAAUUUUUGAAUGCUGACAUGAUACCACAAGUGGAAGAUUCCACAUAAAAGUACUUAACACAAACUUUGUUUUAUGCACAAACUAUUAAAAAUAUUGUACAAAAUUACCUUCAGGCAGUGUGUCUAGAUAUAUUCAAAACAUGAAUUUCAUGUUUAGACUUGAGUCCCAUGCCCAACGUGCCUCAUUAGGUAUUUGUAAAUAUCACAAAUCCAAAAAAAAGUCUGAAAUCUGAAACACUUCUGGUCCCAAGCAUUUCAAUAAGUGAUACUCAAUCUGUAGUAAUGGUCUGCAGGCCAGUGCUCAUUUUCUGCCUAUGUUGUACAUACUUUCUGUUGUGCAAAGUCAAAAGCAAAGAGUAUAUUUUUAAAGAAACAUAAUAGUCUAAACAUAUGCUUAUUAUAAUUAUGAAUCAUCCUGCAAAGUUGGAUACAGCAUUUUACCAAAAAUACAAUGAAUUAAUAAUAUAUUUGAGAUUCACAGUGAUAGGUUGACUAUAUUUGACUGUUGAGCAGUGAUACGACUUAGGUAGUAUUGUUUCUGAGCAUGGUGCUUUUUAUACUUGAAAUAUAUUUUUGCUUUAUUUUUUAUUGAUAUAAUUAUAUUUGCACUAAUGGCUUUCUGGAGAAAAUAUAGAUGACAUUUUUGUAUAUAUAUUUAUUAAGCUUGGAACCUGGUAGCCCAGUGUCUUCUCUGGACAAAUGUGAAACUUGAUAAAGUGUGGUGUCAAGAAGUCUGGAGUUCCCGAGGGUAACUGUGUUGAUGUCUCCCAUCCUUUUCUGUAAGGCUUGAAUGUGAUUACUUAUCAUUGAUUCUGCAUAGUGUACCCAGCAAGACGUAGGACACUGAACUUGUAAGAGAUUUUAAGAGGCACGUUUUUGUCACUUAGAAUAUGACAGUGGCUGGGCUUGGUGACUCACCCCCAUAAUCUCAGCACUUUGGGAGGCCAAGGCAGGCGGAUCACUGAGGCCAGGAUUUGAAGGUUACAGUGAGCUGAUCACACCACUGCACUACAGCCUGGAUGACAGAGCGAGAUUCUUUCUUGGGGAAAAAAAAUGACGGUGAAGCAGACUUUUAGAAUCCGAGAUGUAACAUAAUUAUUGGUAUAAAAUUCAGGUGCAAAGUGAAGAAUGUGAAAUGGCCUAUGCAUUGGUAUCCUGUGUCAGGUUAUACCCUUCAUGUUAGCAGAGACAAAGCCACAUCCCUGUGUAAGAGCAAUGGGCUGAGCAGGCUGCAGGCAUAGUGGAAGUGAGGGGAUGCAGGGAAGGAAUGGGGAGCAGCGAUCUGGGGUCAGUAGACUGGAGUCACUUUCUGACUCAAAAAGGGUCAAGUACUUAUAAAAACUGACUACCUCAGUUUUCAGUUCAGACUUAGGCUCAUUUUGAUCAUUUUAAGAUCCCAGUUGUCAAAAAUAUCAAGUGAAUUUGUCUCAGGUUUUCAGGAACAAAAUUUACAGGAAGGAAGCAAAAGCCAUGUCAGUAGCCUUCAGCUGAGAGCGUUCAAGCAACUGGCAAACAGGUCGUCCUAAUGCAGAUCCUUCUAAUAUUCUCCUGAAAGACAUCCUCACCGUUAGAUCUUAAAAUCAGUAACAUUUUUCCUAUAGGAUACUUAUUUUUCUUGCGACCAAACAGUAAUUCUAAAACGUUAUAAAUUAUGCUUGCAAUUAGUUUUCAGCCUAUCUAGGCUUAACAUGUAUCGAUAGUUGAUGUUAAAACAUAAUUUUACGAGGUUUAAAUAGUUUUAGGAAGAUAAAUGAAUAUAUCAAAGUAUUCCAUAGAAUUGUAUCAAUGUUUUCUCUAGCAUUAGAAGAUUUACUAGUUGAGGCCAUCUGUGAAACAACUAGGCAGUCUUUCAGAAUCCUUCUAUCUCUAAUAUCCUAACACUCAUCCAGAAUUGCUGUCUCUGCUGGCUGUGGCCUGCUCCAGGGGUAUACGCUGUCGUGUGUGUUGUGUUUGUCACAGUGUCUUGUGCUUGAUGCCUUACUGCUGUCCAAGUCCUUGGACACUGAAUGGACGGAGAGGAGCCUGUCUCUCAGGGCACAUGAGUAAUCAUGGCAGGAGGAGAUGGACCUCAGUCACAGCACCAUGGACCAUGUCACAGUGGACACUAGUCAUUCCUGUCAUGUCCUCUCAGCCCAGGAGGACUAACAGGAUUUUAAUAAAGUCUGUUUUACUCAUUCUGAAGAAAAGAACUUAACCUGAAAGGCAGAAUAUUUUUAAAUAUAUAUUGGGUUGGGGAGGGAGUGGUUAAUUGUUUUAUGUUUACAUUUUUAAUAAGUAAAGUAGAAGAUUUAAGAACUAAUAUUUAUGGUAUUGAACGUUAAGUGUAAUAUGUUCCUGAAAACAACAACUUUAAUAAAAAUGGAAACUAA